AUGUGCCCGAAUUCGUGCAUUGCCUAUACUGGGCCAUUUGCAAAGUUGGAAGUCUGUCCCACCUGCGAGGAGUCACGAUAUGAUCCUAUCAAGCUUAAGUCAAGUGGGAGUAGGGUCAAGCAAUCACAACAACAAUUUUAUACAAUGCCACUUGGUCCGCAACUUUAA